UCCUCCCCCAAGUUGAUUUCUCUUUGUCCUCGUCCCCUAGGCUGCCCUCCUCUGCUCACCCCGCAUGUCUGUGUUCCACUACGAAGAGUAACCUGUCUCUUUAAAAGGAAAAAAAAAGCCACCAAGUGACCUCCCUUAGGAACGAGUUGCUAAGCGGGUGUUUUUGCUGGAGACGUGGCUGCAGCUUCCCAGCGAGCUGCCUGGGCACCACCCCAACAUUCAGCCUCUCCCUGGGACUCACAGAAGUUUCAACAGGAAGACCCAUCUGUCUGCACUUGCCCUUCCUCACAGAGAGCGGAGUCUGCACAAUGCUUUUGUGAAGCUCCUCAAGGGAGGGAACCAUCACAGCUAAAAUGAAUCCCAAGGAAGAAGAAGUGACAAUAAUUACAGAGGAGUUCGUGGAAAACGAUGAGGAUGCAGCUGUGAGAAGAAAGAAGCCUUCGAAGGUGCGAGGACCAAAAAGAAAACCACAGCUGCAGACGGCUGGCCCCGAGGAAAUGGUGUCUGAGAAGCCCCGUCUCGGCAGCCAGCAGGAGCCCGUGCAGGAAGAUCCCCACCCGGACACUCGUGCCCUGAGCAUGCCCGCCCGACGAGGCCCACGAAACUUACCUCCAAUUCCUUCAGCUUCCAGAACAGGCUUUGCAGAAUUUUUCAUGAGGGGACGGAUGAGGGAGAAAUUACAAGCCGCAAGGUCCAAGGCAGAGAGUGCGUUGCUGCAGGACAUUCCCACGCCUCGGCCCAGACGCUUACGAAGCCCCAGCGAGAAAGACUCGGAGACUGACUUUGGCACGGAGCCCGAUAGAGCGGUACAGAGGACUCAACGAGAAGAUGACUCCCAAAGCUAUUCAAGAGUAAAGUUUCGUGAUUCUGUACGAAAAAUCAAGUCUAAACCCCAGGUUCCACCCGGCUUCCCCUCUGCUGAAGAAGCCUAUAACUUCUUUACUUUCAACUUUGAUCCUGAACCAGAAGAAUCAGAGGAAAAACCCAAAGCAAAAAAUAAAGAAGGAACUAAUCAAAUGGAGGAGGAAGGAGAGGAAGAAGAGCCGCCUGUGCCAGAAAGAGUAAACAAACCGGAUGAGGAAGAGAUGCUUAACGGCAAAGACGCCGAGGAUUUCUUACUGGGCUUAGAGCGCGCGGCUGGAGAGUUCGUGGCAGUGAGACCCGCAGACUAUGAAAGCAUCCAUGUCCGGCUGCAGAAGGAGAGAGAAAUCCUGUUUGUACCCAGCAGGCUGACAGUGCCUACGUGUAAGAAGCUUCCUGAGAACGUGCAGCCCAGGUUCCUGGAGGACGAAGGCCUCUACAUCGGAACACGCCCGGAGGUGCCACGCACGGCUCAGAACAUUGUGGAGAACAGACUGCUGGAGCAGGAGCCUGGGAGAAAAUGGUUUGGAGAUGAUGGCAGAAUCCUAGCACUGCCCAACCCCAUCAAACCAUUUCCAUCAAGGCCCCCAGUGUUGACACAGGAGCAAGACGUUAAGGCGGAACUUGAAACGCUGUAUAAAAAGGCAGUCAGAUAUGUGCACAGAAGUCAACACAUGAUUGGAUCUGGAGACUCCCCUGGAAAUUUCCAACUGGACAUUGACAUUUCAGGGUUAAUCUUCACUCAUCAUCCCUGUUUUAGCCGAGAGCAUGUUUUGGCAGCCAAGCUGGCCCAGCUGUAUGACCAGUAUCUUGCAAGGUGCCAGAGAAGCAAGGCGAAGUUUCUUACUGAUAAGCUCCAAGCUCUAAGAAAUGCUGUUCAGACAGGUCUCGAUCCAGCAAAAACUCAUAAAUCUGUUGAUAUAACCCCCAAAGCCAUCAAAGAGUAUAAAUCUGAAAUUCGAGAAACCAGAAAACUGCGUGACGCUGAACAAGAAAAAGAUCGAGCAUUGCUCAAGACUAUCAUAAAAGUCUGGAAAGAAAUGAAGUCUCUUCGAGAGUUCCAGAGGUUCACAAACACACCCUUGAAACUGGUUUUGAGAAAAGAAAAAGUGGACCAGAAAGCAGACAAGGAAGCCUAUGAAGCAGAAAUUCAAGCUGAAAUAAGUGAAUUGUUGGAAGAACGUUCAGAAGAGUUCGAACGAGAGAUGGCAUCGUACAGAGCUGCGUAUCAGCAGUGGAGAGCCUGGAAGAAGGGCCACGCCAGGAAGAAGAAAAAGAAACAAGCAGUCGAAGAGCAUCUGGAUGAGGAGAUGGAGGAGCCGUAUCCCCGGGAGGAGCCUGUGAAGCCGGUCCCCCCGGAGCCCAUCGACCCGGCAGCGAUGGAGCAGCAGGUGCGGGAGAGAGCAGCCCAGGGCAGGAGGCCCGGGGAGCCCACGCUGGUCCCGGAGCUGAGCCUGGCGGGGAGCGUGACGCCCAACGACCAGUGUCCCAGGGCGGAGGUCUUGCGAAGAGAAGAUGUCAAGAAGCGCUCGGUGUAUUUAAAGGUGAUCUUCAAUGAAAAGGAGGUGUCCAGGACCAACAGUCGGCCACUCGGAGCAGACUUCCGGGUUCACUUUGGACAGAUUUUCAAUUUGCAGAUAGUCAACUGGCCAGAGAGUUUAACACUGCAGGUGUAUGAGACAGUUGGACACAGCGGUACCACCUUGCUGGCAGAAGUGUUUCUGCCUAUUCCUGAAACGACCGUUGUCAGUGGAAGGGCUCCCAUUGAAGAGGUGGAGUUUAGCAGUGACCAGCAUGUGACCCUGGACCACGAGGGAGUUGGAAGUGGAGUGCCCUUCUCCUUUGAAGCUGACGGUAGUAAUCAGCUGAUUCUGAUGACCUCGGGGAAGGUGUCCAACAGCGUGGCCUGGGCCGUCGGAGAAAACGGAAUACCUUUAAUUCCUCCAUUGUCCCAGCAGAACACCGGAUUCAGGAGCGCUUUGAAAAGAGCAGAUGCCAUCUCAUCUAUUGGCACAUCAGGACUGAUGGACAUGAAAAAGUUGGCCAAAUGGGCAGCGGAGUCCAAGCUCGAUCCGAAUGACCCCAACAACGCCCCUCUGAUGCAGCUGAUCUCGGUCGCUACCAGUGGCGAAUCCUAUGUCCCUGAUUUCUUUCGACUGGAACAGCUGCAACAGGAAUUUAACUUCGUUUCAGAUGAGGAAUUAAAUCGAUCCAAACGAUUCAGGCUUCUUCAUCUCAGAAGCCAAGAGGUGCCAGAAUUCCGAAACUAUAAGCAGGUUCCAGCAUACGACCGAGAAAUUAUGGAAAAGGUGUUCCAGGACUAUGAGAAACGGUUACGAGACAGAAACGUAAUUGAAACCAAGGAGCACAUAGAUACCCAUAGGGCCACAGUAGCCAAGUACCUCCAGCAGGUUAGAGAAUCAGUGAUAAAUCGUUUCUUAAUUGCGAAACACCAUUUUCUUCUUACGGAUUUGAUAGUCGAAGAAGAAGUUCCCAAUAUCAGCAUUUUGGGCUUAAGCCUUUUCAAGCUGGCAGAACAAAAGCGACCACUGAGGCCAAGGAGAAAAGGUCGGAAGAAGGUGACAGCCCAAAACCUGUCCGACGGAGACAUAAAGCUGCUGGUGAACAUCAUCCGGGCUUACGACAUCCCGGUGCGGAGGCCAACAGCAAGCAGAUUCCAGCAGCCAUCAAGAUCUUCAAGGACUUUCAGCGAAAAGCGUGCUGCCUCCCCAACCACACACAGCCCGACCCACAGUGCUGACUACCCGCUCGGCCAGGUGUUAGUGCGUCCUUUUGUAGAGGUUUCUUUCCAACGAACGAUUUGCCAUACGACGACGGCCGAAGGACCGAACCCCAGCUGGAACGAAGAGCUGGAACUCCCAUUUCGGGCCCCUAACGGGGACUACAGCACGACCAGUUUGCAGUCAGUGAAAGAUGACGUGUUCAUCAACAUUUUUGACGAAGUUCUGUAUGAUGUCUUAGAGGACGACCGGGAAAGAGGAAGCGGAAUCCACACUCGUAUCGAGAGGCACUGGUUGGGAUGCGUGAAAAUUCCAUUCAGCACAAUAUAUUCCCAAGCAAGGAUUGAUGGGACGUUUAAAAUAGACAUCCCCCCAGUUCUUCUGGGCUACAGCAAGGAGAGAAGUGUGAUUCUUGAGCGGGGUUUCGACGCCGUCCGAAGCCUAAGCGACGGCUCCUACAUCACCCUGUUCAUCACCAUUGAGCCUCAGCUGGUUCCCGGGGAGUCGGUUCGAGAAAAGUUUGAGUCUCAGGAAGAUGAGAAAUUGCUUCAAGCCACAGAGAAGUUUCAAGCUGAAUGUGCCUUAAAGUUUCCGAGUCGUCAGUGCCUCACGACAGUGAUCGACAUGAGCGGGAAGACCGUCUUUAUUACUCGUUACCUGAAGCCUUUAAACCCUCCUCAGGAGCUCCUGAGCGCUUAUCCCGACAACCCACAGGCAACGGCAGAACUGCUGGCUCGAUACGUGGCAUUGAUUCCUUUCUUGCCUGACACCGUCUCAUUUGCUGGCAUCUGUGACCUGUGGAGCACAUCUGAUCAAUUUCUCGAUCUCCUGGCAGGAGAUGAAGAAGAGCAUGCAGUAUUACUAUGUAAUUAUUUUCUCUCCCUGGGUAAAAAGGCCUGGCUCGUGAUGGGCACUGCUAUUCCCGAGGGUCCAACUGCCUAUGUGCUCACCCGGGAGCAGAGUCACUAUUUAAUAUGGAACCCCUGCAGUGGACAUUUUUAUGGACAAUUUGAUACAUUCUGUCCCUUGAAAAGUGUGGGCUGCUUAAUAGGUCCUGAUAACAUUUGGUUUAAUAUUCAACGAUAUGAUUCCCCACUAAGGAUAAAUUUUGAUGUUACCAAGCCCAAGCUAUGGAAAUCUUUCUUUUCAAGAAGCCUUCCAUACCCUGGCCUUUCCAGUGUUCAGCCAGAAGAGCUUAUUUACCAGCGCACAGACAAAGCAGCCGCGGCCGAGCUACAGGACAGGAUUGAGAAGAUACUGAGAGAGAAGAUCAUGGGCUGGAGGCCGCGCCACCUGACGCGGUGGAACAGGCACUGCACGGCCACUCUGCGCCACUUCCUGCCGCUGCUGGAGGAGAGUCGGGGGGAGGACGUGGAGGACGGGCACAGGGCGGGGCUGCUGAAGCAGCUGGGGGACUACAGGUUCUCCGGCUUCCCGCUCCACAUGGCCUACUCGGAACUGAGGCCGUUAGUCGAAGCGGUGUACAGCACCGGCGUGCACAACAUCGACGUGCCCAGUGUGGAGUUUGCUUUAGCCGUCUACAUCCACCCAUACCCCAAAAACGUCUUGUCCGUUUGGAUCUAUGUUGCCUCCCUCAUACGCAACAGGUAAUUUUUUCGUUGUAUACUUUUUAUAUUAUGUAAAACUAUAACUAAGAUGAGACUAUUUUUAAGUGAUAUUGAUCACAUCAGAAAUUAUUUGUGAAUAAUGAAAUAAAAUUAUUUUCAUACCGUACAAAAUAAAGUGUUUUUAUUUAGUAGUCUGCCGUGUCUCUCCACUUUGUCCCUAAACUUGACGCGACUACCCCGGGGCCCCUUAUGCCGUGUGUUCGCACUUGCUCACCGUCCACCUGGGAUGCGCUUCUCCUCUGCCUGUCCAGCAGAACAGCAAACAGCGCAACUUUCCUGGGGGCAAGGAGGAACUUCCCAAUACAAAAUUUUUAUUUUUAAUGCUGAAUAUGUCAUAAGACCGUAUCUUACAGAAAUACUAAGCAAGCACAC